UUUGACUUCUUGACAAGAUCUGCUAAUGUGAAAAGGCAAAAUAAUUGUUAAUAUUAAACAAAAUUACUGUGCAUUGUUUCAACUGAAAUGAGGAAACUUGCUGCAUUUAUGCAAUAUCGAACACAUGAGAUUUUUACAAUGCCAAUUAUAUCGCACUAAAUGCAGAUUUAAUUAGUUUUAAAUUGGAGUACAGAAAAUAAUACUAUCAUUCGACAAUUGAUAUAAGUGGAGUGAAGUACAAUUCGUCCGUAGCAAUUUUUUUAAUGGUUUGUGGGUUUGCGAGUACCAAUUCUAUUUCAGUUUUCAAUACAAUUAGCUAUUGUCUUUCAAUAUGUAUGUCAAAAUUAAUAAAUCUUUACUUCUUUUAUCCACAGAACUCUAGAAUGAUUCGACACAACACUGCUGACGCAUUGUCCCAUGGUUACAACAACAUCACAACUUUAAGUGCUACACUCAAUAACAAUGCCAGCCUUCCUGUUUCCAACAUUUGUGCUACCAAUCCAAUAAACAACAGCAAUCCACUGGAUGCACUGCCAAAACAAUUUGUGUUAUCCAUGAAGACCCUUUUCGAUAUACUCGAUGACCAGCAUACAGGGUUUGUAAAGUUGACAGAUAUUGAGAAAGGUUGGCAAGACGAUGGCUGUAAAGGUUUACCGCGUGGCGUUUUAAAUUCUUUAAGAAAAGUGACUCCCGUAAAUGGUUUACUGUCGUUUGAAAGAUUUUGUGCAGGCCUAAAAUUGUGUCUUCUACGUAACCAAACAGAAUUCAGUGGAAAUAGCAAUGGGCUUAUUUCAUCUUCAAUAAACAACACAUUUGCAGCUAACAAAAGUAAAUCUCCAAUUAAAUUAUCGAGACCACCAUCAGCACCAGUGCUAGAAAUUGAAAAUCCACAACCUGCCACACUUUGGUGUGCCAAUCCCACAGCAACCGUACGUCCACAUAUCUCGAAUAAGCAAAGAGCUUACAGCAUGCCACAAUUAAGUCCUGAUUCAGAACUUGACGCUGAUGUGGCUAAUGCUGUCAAUAGUGUCUAUAACUCACCACCGCCACCACCAAAACCGCCAAGAGCAUCAGUUGCUGCUGCUGCGGCUGCUGCUAACAGCGGCAUACUUACCACAGUUAAUACUACUCCAACGACUUCAAUAAACAAGACUGAAAUUCGUCAUGCUUUGCAGAACUGGCAAAUGGGCGUGUUACUCAAUGAAAUGGACGCUAAAGAUGAUAAGCGAAAAUCAACUUAUUUAGGCAGUAAUCAAUUUCAAUAUCGUGGCGCUGCAGACGGUGGUUCAUCGUCGACAACUGACAGUAUAAAUAGCACUACUGCACAGCAUUUGAAAAAAAAUAGCAACAAGCGUCGAGAACCACGUCGUCAUACCUUACAGAAUGGCAUCGACUACAAUAUGCUUAAGAGAUUAAAGCAAUAUGAAGAGGAACGUGAAGUCCUUCUACUCGGUUUAGAUGCCGUUGAAAAGGCAAAAGAUUGGUAUUUACAACAACUUGCACAUAUACAGGAAAAAAUGAAAUACCUCGGACGUAUGGGAACACAUGUAGAACAAUGGUCAGAGGAACGUUUAAAUUUCCAGCGUACACGCGUUUUAGAGGUGAAUAGGAAUUUGUCCGCUUUAGCAGAUACAUGGGAGCGUAGCAGCUUUCCAAUUCAUUUUAACCUUGCCAUACGGAAACCACCGAAAAACACUGCACAGCACAUAAACAAUGCUGGAACUGUUGGCUUACUGCAACCAGUAGAUAGACUGAGACAACAAAACCGGCAUCUGACAAAUGAAGUUAGUAUAAAGACUGAUCGAAUAACGCUUUUGGAACGCGAGAAACAAGGACUACUGCGUGAACUUUUUGAAUUACAGCAACGCACCGGCAGUGUAGCCCGUAACAAUGGCUUCAUAAGUGCUCUAAGUCAGUCGUCGCCGGUAUGCAGUUCUUCAUCAGGCGGCUUAGGUGAUGCUGAUGUUGUGUACUAAGUACUACUACGAUUAAAUUAAUUUUAGCACAAAAAAUAAACAGAAUUUUUUAUUAUGUAAUAGU